UCUAUUAGAACCAGCUGUGGAACCAGGGGCUGAAUGAAUGGCUCUUUGUGGUUCGGCCCGUCGUUCCAGUCUGAAAGGUGCCGACUGUAGGACGAGUGCACGAGAAGGAAGGGAGAGCAAGGAGCCUGGGGAGGAGAGAUCCCGUCCUCGCAGCUGGUGAGAGUCGGUGGGUUUGAAAAGCAGCUCAUGAUGGCUCAGGUGCUGCACAUGGACCCCGGCUUCCCAGGGAAACUCAACCCGCCUGCCCCCCCCUCGCUGCACGGCAAAGACCAGGAGGCGCCCUACUCAGUGGAGACCCCCUACGGCUACCGUCUGGACCUGGACUUCCUCAAAUACGUGAACGACAUCGAGAAGGGGAACACGAUCAAGAGGGUGUCCGUCCAACGCCGGCCGCGCUAUGGCUCCCUGCCGCGUGGCUACGGCUACACCGGCUCCUGGUGGACCUCCACGGAGUCUCUGUGCUCCAACACCAGCGUGGACAGCCGACACUCCUCCUUCUCCUACUGCGCCCCGGGCUACCACGCGACGCAGAGGCCCAACUUCAGCACCGCCCGGGUGGAGAAGACCCUGUUGGACGCACGCAGGAAGCUGGAGGAGGAGAAAGAGGGCCGGAGAUUCUCCAACCGGGGCAACCUGGGCAGCAUGCACAGCAGCGUGGUCGGCUCCAACACCUCGCUCAGCAGCGCGCACAGCUUCAACCGAGCCUACGGGGGCAGCGGCUCCUUCACCCCGAUGAGCUCCGGCCUGUCCACGCCGGUGACCCCGACUCCGGCCCACCUGCAGCACGUCAGGGAGCAGAUGGCCACGGCCCUCCGGAAGAUCCGGGAGCUGGAGGAGCAGGUGAAGACCAUCCCCGUGAUGCAGGUCAAGAUCUCCGUGCUGCAGGAGGAGAAACGGCAGCUCAGCGUCCAGCUGAAGAGCCAGAAGUUCCUGGGUCACAGUCUGAGCUUCAAUCGGAGUCGCCCCCGCGGCGAGCUCUACAUCGACAUCCCCGAAGAGGAGGCGGUCACCGGAGCCAAGGGCGCCGGCGAGCCCCCGUCUCCCGCCACGCCGGACGGCUCCAAGCUUCAGGACUCGGGGUGCGAGAUCGAGGACGGAAAGCGGGAGGUGCGCACCGUCGGGGUGGGACCCGAGGACUCGGGGGGCGGUCGUCACGUGGGAGUCGGGGUUCGGGAGGAGGACCUGGGGCUGCUGCCGGAGACGGCGGCGCUGAGGAGUCGAGUGGGUCGGCUCGAGGGCCAGCUGGAGAGGACCGCGCAGGAGCUGAAGGAGGCGCGGCGGCCGGACCAGAAGGCCCCUCGGGCGGAGCAUCCCGUCAUGGCCACCAGCGUGGGCGGGCAGGAGCCGCACGGCUGCAGCCUGCACACUCUGGUCAGCUUCACGCAGCAGCAGCAGCGGGAGCAGAGGACUGUGGGGAUCCAGGUGUACACGCCGGAGCAGCCCACGGUGGUGGAGGUGGGCACCCUGCUGCGAGCCGAGAGCUGCCGCUCCCCCUCCUCCCUUCAGCCGGCGGCUGGCGGCGUCGUGGAGGGUCACCGCAGAGGACAAGCCGAAGAAGCUCCGGUCGAGUUGCCGAUCGCCGUCAGCUCCAAGCAGGUGCGCGACGUCCUGAGGAGCGAGUUGUCCACUUCGGUGCCGGUGGCUAAUCCGGCCAUCGCCGUCGGCACAUCGAGUAACCAGAUCAGUUUGGUGCAUUUAAAAGAAGAAGAAGAAGAAGAAGAGACCGGAGCACAAACACCCCCAGAGGCUGUCCAGUCAAAAGAAGGCCCAAAGACAGCCUCAUCCCCCCAGUCUUCGCUGAGGUCCAUUAUGAAGCGGAAAGCAGAAGGCGAACCAGGAUCUCCCUCCACGAAGAAGAACCUCCAGUUCAUCGGAGUCAACGGAGGCUACGAGUCCACGUCGUCAGACGACAGCAGCAGCGAGAGCUCGGACGAGGGGAGCGACUCCAGUGAGUAUCACGAAGCCAGAGAGAAACUGCCCGAGUCAGCGGCCCAGCACCAGCCAGCAGCCCACAGCGUGGCCUCCCGGCCUCCAGAAAGCAACGGCGUGCCUCAACAGAUUGCCGUCACGCCACCGGCCGUCGCUCCGGACUCGCGGCAGAGUCUCAAUCAGCCCGACUCCGAACGGCCGGACAACGAAGCCCCCCAGUCACCGGCGACAGACACUGCCUCCGACGCCCCUCCCAGUCCGGCUGCCGCGAACGAGACCGUCGACCGGUCGUCGGAAAAGUACGCGGUCGCCCGCGAGAUCGCCUCGGCGUCACCGAGCACUGAAUCCGCCCCCGAGCAAAGCUCGGCCGCCCGUUCGGCGUCAUCGCCGCGCGCCGCGGAAACCACCGAGAGCGCCGCUCGGCACGCCACCGUCCAAUCGGAGACGAGCGUCCAAUCGGAGACGAGCGUCCAAUCGGAGACGAGCGUCCUCUCCGAGCCGAAGCCGGCGGCCGAAAGCCUCGCGAACGACGCUGCCGCCGCAUCAGCCAGGCGAGUCAGACUGGACCUGAGUGAAAGCCUGAUGCCGACUCUUCAUGCCCUGCAGAAAGCCCUGGGGGAGCCCAACGCCUUCAGCCAGCAGGCAGCCAGGGCCGCCUACACCACCGUGCUGCAGGAGUGGCUGCGCGUGUCCUGCCACAAAGCGGCGGACACGGCGGUCGUCGAGGCCUACAUGAACAGCUUCGCCGCGGUCUCGCCUCAGCUGCUGGAGUUUGUGAUCAACAUGGCGGACGGCAACGGGAACACGGCGCUCCACUACACCGUCUCCCACUCCAACUUCCCCGUGGUGAAACUGCUGCUGGAAACCGGCCUGUGUAACGCUGACAAGCAGAACAAGGCGGGCUACACGGCCAUCAUGCUGACGGCUCUGGCCGCCUUCCACUCCGACACCGACCUUCAAACCGUCCUGCAGCUGCUGCGCACGGGGGACGUCAACGCCAAGGCCAGCCAGGCCGGUCAGACGGCGCUGAUGCUGGCGGUCAGCCACGGCCGGGGGGACAUGGUGCGGGCGCUGCUGUCCUGCGGGGCGCAGGUCAACAUCCGGGACGACGACGGCUCCACCGCGCUCAUGUGUGCGUGUGAACACGGCCACGUGGACAUCGUGCGUCAGCUGCUGUCUGUGCCGGGCUGCGACGCGACGCUCACUGACAAUGACGGCAGCACCGCCCUGUCCAUCGCCCUGGAGGCCAGCCAGAACGACAUCGCGGUGCUUCUGUACGCUCACCUCAACUUCGCCAAGCCUCCGUCCCCCGUGCUACCAAAGUCUCCUCUCUUGGGUUCCGCUCCUCCUGCCGGGGAGACUAAAUAGCGCCCCCUGCAGCCAGUCCACAGUAACGACUCAUUCUACAAUGCGAUUGAUUUUUUUUUUCUCCAUCUAUGUAACUAUGACAAACAACGAGUUUGUGUGUGCGUGCGUUUCUCUUCACCCUCCAUAAUUUAAAUGCAUUAUAACGUGCAGAUAAUUACUACAGUUUUCACCGUUGUUAUCCGUUUCUUUUUUGUACACUGUGGUCUUUAAAAAAAAAUCCCAGUGGCGCUUGAAGACACGGAUUUCUUGUGUGGUACAAUCUUGAAAAGCUGAACAUCAAGACACCGGUCCAGCCGUGAGGCGGUCCAGUUAUCCGCUGGUUUUAGCGUCACUUACAAAUCAAAACUGUUCACUGAGUUUCAUUAUAAUACACUUUUUAGUUUCAUGUGAAUCUCAUAUUAGUUGCUUUAUAGAGCGAUGUGUUUUCAUUGUAACGUGUACACUAGCUCUUACACAGCCACGUCAUUGUGUGUACCACAGUCAUUCGGAAUAACAAAAGCCAGCCCUCACGGAUAAGUGUCCUUCAAGUAGCUUUGGUGCUCCAAAAAUCUAACUCCAACAAUAUAUAUUAAUAUUCAUACACAAGUUUUACAAAGAGUAUUUUUUUAUAUGGAUUUCUUUCAAAUUUGGACUCAUUUCACUUUGAAGGAUCACAUUUUUUCAUUUCCUAAGCAAUGAUUCACUUAUUUCACCUUUUUAAACACAAUAACAUUUUAUUUUAUACGACGAAUACAUUUCCCUAAAGACAUAUCUCACCCAUCAGCUGUGUGAUAUUGUGGUGUUGAUAUUAACACAGGUCGGGCAUCAGUGUGACGGAAGAAAGAGGGCAACACUAUUCCCUGAAGGCUACGUGGCUGUGCUGUUGGUAUUUUUAUACGUGAAGGUAUUCGGGCCGGUAGGAAGGAAAGAUUAGAGCGUAUCUGUGUUUGUAAUAUUCUGUGCGAUUAAGAUUUAACGAGACUUUGUCGAGAAAAGACUGAAAGCGCCGGUGCAGCCACCUCUGUGGUCAUCUGGUGAGAUGUCAGGGAACCAGAAAGUGUCUGAUUGGGGUCUUCAAAGGAUGUGCCGUAUAAGAUGUGAAUAUCAAAAUAAUAUAUGUCAAUAUAAACUAGUUAUUACGCCUACACUCUAAUUCCUCGAAACAAAAGGGCAAAGUUUAUUGAUGUCAAAAUUGAUAUUACUUUUUAAACACUUUUUUCACAAUUUUCUUAUUCACUUUUGAGCAGUUGACAUUUUUAUAAACGUACAUUUUUUUUAUUUAAGUCCCUAUCUUUUUAUACAUUUAGAAUGUUUAUUAAGCUCACGCCUACUUUAUGUAACCGCACAGCUCCUUAGUUGAUCUUUUAUGAAGGUUUAUGUACAAUUCUAGACUGUUUCUCGUCUUCUAGUUGUGCAUUUUGGAAAAACAAUAAUAAUAAUAAAUGUGGACCACACUGUU